AUGGGUGCGGCAGAAGGAACUGGAGCCUCAGAAACUAGAACAGCUGGCUCGGGCGGGGGAACAGGCACCAUAGGGGGUGGAAUCACGACCUCAGCAGCACCAUCAUCCACACUCUCAGAAGCAGAGGCUCUUAUGAAAUGGAAAGCCAAUCUCUCUCCAGCACAAGCUCUCCAUUCAUGGUCACUUCCUACUAAUAUUGCUACCACCAACACAAUCUCUCCAUGCAAAUGGUUUGGGAUCUCAUGUGAUGACCUUGGAAGCAUAACAUCGAUAAGUUUAUUGAGUAAGGGCUUGCAAGGUAAGCUUGAUAACUUGAACUUCCCAUCAUUUCCAAACCUCCUUCUUCUCAAUCUCAGUGGCAACAACCUUACUGGAACCAUCCCAGACCAUAUUGGCACUCUUUCCAAACUUGUCUUUCUUGAUAUCUCCGUGAAUAAUCUCUCCGGACCUCUACCUCUUUCAAUGGCUAGCCUUAGACACAUUCUGGAGCUUGACAUUUCGUAUAAUGAAAUAAGGGGAGAAGUAGCUCCAAGUUUCUUCAUCAAUUGGACCGAACACAUCUCCCUUCAGUUCCAAAACAAUCAACUCGCUGGUAAAAUUCCAUCUCAAGUUGGCCUGCUUAAACAUCUCCAGAUCCUACGCCUGUGGGGAAAUAAAAUCAGCGGUUCAAUACCACUUGAAAUAGGGAAUCUGCAUAAUCUGACUCGGUUAAAUUUACACUCAAACCACCUCAAUGGGCCAAUCCCUCCAACUUUACGUAACUUGACAAAGCUGAAAAUCCUCUACCUCUUUGAUAACCAAGUUUCUGGUUCAAUUCCACUAGAAAUAAGGAAUCUGGUUAAUCUCAUGGAGCUUAGCAUGUCCUUUAACCUUCUCACAGGUUCCAUCCCUUCCACUUUAGGGAAAUUGACAAAGCACACAAUUUUGUACUUACACACAAACCAGAUUUCAAGCACAAUUCUUGCAGAGUUAGGGAAUCUCAAGAACUUGGUUGACCUACAAUUGAACCGAAAUAAUCUGACUGGUUCGAUCCCUCCAUCUUUGGGUAACUUGAAAAAGCUGAAAUUCCUCUACUUCUAUGAUAACCAAGUUGGUUAG